AAAGAAACUAACAUGUGUAGGUCUUUAGGAAGAAUACAAAUGUCAAAUGAAGCAAGAGAUGAAAGGGAGAAAGAAAAGAAAACACAGAGAAAACAUAGUACCAGAUAAACUAUAGAGAGAAAGAAAUUAUUUAUUUAUUGAAGGAGGCGAAUCUCCACGAUCCUUUCCUGCUCGCCAUACAAUCCACACUACCUCUUCUGAAUUCUCCUCAUUCAAAUGAUCCAUUUCGGAAGCUACUGAUCGAUUCCACAACUGCGGCGGAGUAUGUCGGCGGAGCGUUUGAAGCAGAUCGAGAUUCGUAGCUCCGGAGCUAUGGCGUCCCAACCUUCAGGCUCGACGAGCAGCGGCAGCAAUCGAGACGACUCGAUGAACAAAGCGGUAGCUCAGUACCCGGUGGACGCUAGGCUGCACGCGGCGUUUGAGCAGUCAGGUGAGUCAUUUGAUUACUAUUCAUCCGUAAAGACCGCAAACGAUGUAGUCCUGCCGGAUGAGGAGAUCGUCGCCUAUCUCUCGAAUAUUCAGAGGGGCGGUUAUAUACAGUCGUUUGGAUGUGUGAUUGCGGUGGAGGAUGAGGCGGGGUAUGGAGUCAUCGCUUACAGCGAGAAUGCACGCCAGCUGCUCGGUAAAAUGCCCCACAAUCUUGAGCAGCUCGAGUUUUGGACAGAUGUGAGGACCCUGUUCGCACCUUCCAGCUCUGCUCUUCUCCAGCGCGCGUUUAGAGAGCCGGAUAUCACGUUGCUUAACCCAAUCUGGGUGCAGACCAAGAAAUCCGGUAAGCAUUUUUACGCUAUCUUACAUAAGAUUGAUGUCGGAAUUGUGAUUGACCUGGAGCCUGCUAGUGGUGAGGACCCUGUACUAUCUCUAGCCGGGGCGGUUCAGUCACAGAAGCUCGCCGUGAUGGCCAUUUCACGCUUCCAAUCUCUUCCUGGUGGGGAUGUUCAGCUUCUUUGUGAUACAGUGGUUGAGUCAGUGAGGGAGAUGACCGGGUAUGACCGUGUUAUGGUUUAUAAGUUUCAUGAUGAUCAUCAUGGGGAGGUCGUCUCUGAGAGCAAGAGACAAGAUUUAGAGCCUUACCUUGGUGUCCACUACCCAGCCUCCGAUAUCCCCCAAGCCUCCAGAUUUCUGUUCAAACAAAACCGGGUAAGGAUGAUAGUCGACUGCCAUUCCCCUCCGGUCCGCAUCAUCCAAGACAAAUCUCUAUCUCAGCCAUUGAGUCUUGUUGGUUCAACCCUCCGAGCCCCACAUGGCUGCCACGCCCAGUACAUGGCCAAUAUGGGGUCCAUGGCGUCCUUAACACUCGCAAUUAUCAUAAACGGGAGCGAUGAGGAAGCUGUGGCAGGGAAUAAUUCGAUGAGGCUAUGGGGAUUGGUUGUGGGCCACCACACUACCCCUAAAUGCAUCCCCUUCCCGCUUCGUUACUCCUGUGAAUUCCUCAUGAAGGCAUUUGGACUCCAACUGAAAAUGGAACUUCAAUUGGCAUCACAGUUGGCUGAAAAACGUGUGUUAAAGACACAAACACUCUUGUGUGACAUGCUCCUUAGGGGCUCGGCCGUGGAAAUCGUCACAAAAAGUCCAAGUAUUAAGGACCUUGUCAAAUGUGAUGGCGCUGCACUAUAUUACCAUGGGAAUUACUACCCUUUAGGCAUAACGCCUACCAAAGACCAAAUAAAGGAUAUAUGCAAGUGGUUGUUGACUUCACAUGGUGACUCGACCGGUUUGAGCACUGAUAGCUUAGAUGAUGCUGGGUAUCCUAAUGCAGCCUCACUGGGGGAUGAGGUAUGUGGGAUGGCUGCUGCUUAUAUAACAUCAAGAGAUUUCUUGUUCUGGUUUCGGUCGCGAACUUUGAAACAGAUCAAAUGGGGUGGUGCUAGGCAUUAUCCACAAGAUAAAGACGAUGGACAAAGAAUGCACCCACGGUCUUCAUUCAAGGUGUUUCUUGAUGUGGUUAAGAGGCGUAGUUUGCCGUGGGACAAUGCAGAAAUGGAUGCAAUUCACUCUCUGCAGCUUAUCCUACGGGGUGAUUCUUUUAAGGAUAAUGUCUCCAGAAACAAUAAUUCUAAGGAGGCGGUGGUCGUGGAUGGACAGCAAGGAGGAAUAGAUGAGCUUAGCUAUGUGGCUAGAGAGAUGGUUAGAUUAAUAGAAACCGCAACAGCUCCAAUUUUCUCUGUGGAUGCUGAAGGGUUCAUAAAUGGUUGGAAUGCAAAGGUUGCCGAGUUGGUUGGGUUGACAGUUGAGGAAGCAUUGGGGAAGUCAUUAAUUCGUGAUAUUGUUCAUAUGGAAUCACAAGAAAGUGCUGAGAAACUUUUGUUUAAGGCAUUGAAAGGUUACUAUCUUUAGUUUUAUUUAUUUAUUAUUUAUUAAUUCAUAAGUAUAGUGCGGAUAGAUAUCUAGAUUAACUGAUUAACACAUCCUGGAUAGGACCAAACUUCGUGAUAACAGCGAUGCUAAAUGACCGGAAUCCAGCCAAGAAUUUUUGCUAGCAUGUCUUUCUUGCAUUGCCGACCCCAAAAGCUUUUGGGAAUAAAGCUUGAAUGUUGUUGUUGUGAUGAAGACAAGAACAUAGAGAUGAAGUUGAAAACAUUUCACACUGACCUAAACAUGGAGGCGGUUUUUCUUGAGGUCAAUGCUUGCUGUAGCAAGGACUACACAAACAAAAUAGUUGGUGUCUGUUUUGUUGGUCAAGAUGUGACCGGGCAGAAAAUACUAACCGACAAAUUUGUACGCAUACAAAGUGAUUAUAAAGCAAUCGUGCAUAGCCCCAAUCCUCUGAUCCCUCCCAUUUUCGCUUCAGAUGAAAACACAUGUUGCUCCGAAUGGAACACAGCCAUGGAAAAGCUUACGGGUUGGAGCAAAGGGGAGAUGGUGGGUAAAAUGUUGGUUGGUGAGCUUUUUGGAAGAGUAUGUAGACUCAAGGGUCCGGAUGCUAUGAUGAAGUUCAUGAUUGUGUUGCAUAAUGCCAUUGGUGGGAAAGACACAGAAAAGUCACCAUUUUCCUUUUAUGACAGAAAUGGAAGAUACGUCCGAACUCUCUUGACAGCAAAUAAGAGAGUGAGUAUGGAUGGACGGAUUAUCGGAGCGUUCUGUUUGUUGCAGAUCUCUUCUUCUUCUGAAGAGAAGGAAGAAGAUAUCAUACUCCAGAGGCAUAAUGAAGAAUGUAAUGACAGAUCAUUCUCUAAGAAAAAAGAGAUGGCGUAUAUCUGUCAAGAAAUUAAAAACCCGCUCAAUGGUAUACGCUUCACAAAUUCCUUACUGAAGUCUACAAAUUUGACCGAAUAUCAAAAGCAGUUCCUGGAGACUAGUGCUGCUUGCGAGAAGCAGCUGUUAAAGAUUGUUAGGGAUUAUAUUGUUGUUCCCGAAAACAUUGAAGAUGGGUAAAUUUCUGUUAUUGAUUUGCUAGCUAUUCACUGGAGCUAGAGAGAGAAGAGUUUUGUAUUGGGAGUGUUAUAGAUGCUGUUGUGAGCCAAGUAAUGCUGUUGAUGAGAGAAAGAGGUCUGAAACUCAUUCACGAAAUUCCUGAAAGCAUCAAGACAAUGGUAGUGUUUGGUGAUCAAUCUAGAAUUCAACAAGUUCUGGCUGAUGUUUUGCUUAACAUGGUUCAUCAUACACCACCUCCAAAAGGGUGGAUACAAAUCAAUGUGCAAACUAGUUUGAAGCAGAUAUCUGGUGGAAUUACUACGGUGCAUGUCGAAUUCAGGUAAAGGUCUUCCUGCAGAAUUGGUCCGAGAGAUGUUCCAUAGCAGUCAUUGUGCAACUUCGGAAGGUUUAGGAUUGAGUAUAUGCAGGAAAAUACUGAAGCUAAUGAAUGGAGAAAUCCAAUAUGUAACAAGAUCAGAGAAGUGUUAUUUCAUCAUCACCAUUGAGCUGCCUACAUCCAAAGAAGGCGCAAGGACAAUUUUUUAGGUCAGCACUAAUAUUUCCCUAAGCUAUCUGUGAUGAUCUCUGGCUUCAGUUUGCAUGAUGUCGUGAAAGUCCCAAACUGAAAUUGAUCCGAGUAUAAUAACCUCUACUGAAUGGUGGAAUGACUAUUUGUAACUGUAGAUUAAAUUUUCUCAGCACUUUAGUUUUUUAUUUAUUUCUUUUUUUGAUGUUAUACUGAACUUGUACAGUGUAUCCUUUCAUCUGCAAUUUGUGAAAGCAGAUGCAUAGAUAACAUGUGCAUAAUUUGUUUCCACCUAGAAUCCAAUUCUUUCUCUCGGGCUUUAGACAGUCUACGCUUUGGCCAAAACAAAGCAUGUAUGAUACGGAGUACUUUCUUAAGGUGAAACACGC